AUGAGUACGCGUCAUGAGGGUUCCAGCUCAGGCUGGACGACACGCACAAAGCUGCAUAUCGCCACCUUGACGGUCUCAGUCAUCGUCUUCCUCCUUGUCCAGAUUGAAGUCCCAGACCCAUACCUCGAUGAGAUCUUCCAUAUACCUCAAACACAGAGGUAUUGCGAUGAAGACUUUGAGUUCUGGGAUCCAGCGAUCACCACGCCUCCGGGACUCUACCUUCUUUCUGCUAUUCCUCUAAUGACUGUUCAUGUCCCAUGCACAGUGGCUCUAUUACGGGGUACAAACCUGCUCUUCUCGACACUCGUCAUCCCGGGUAUCGUUUCGUGCUUGUUUGACACUAGUCGCUCCACUGCAGCAUGGAAACACUUUGCGUUCCCCUCCGUGCAGGCUCUCGUCAUUUCGACCUUCCCCCUCAUCAGCUUCUUCUCGAAUCUAUACUAUACGGAUAUUGGAAGUUUGGCGGGCGUCCUCGGAGCCCUGCUUCUUGCGAGGAGGGACAGACACUGGUCCGCGGUGCUCGUGGGGACAUGGAGUAUGACUGUCAGGCAGACGAAUGUGGUUUGGCUAGCAUUCAUAAUGACUACCUGUGUACUGGAGAAGGUCAGGAAACUCGAGAAGAAGCAUGUCAUUAGACUCUGCCUUGAAACCGUUCAAGGUCUUUUCACCCACAUGGGCAGCCUAAUCUCGACGAUACUCCCAUACAUCUUGCCAUUCACUGCCUUUGUUGCCUUCUUGAAGUGGAACGGGGGCAUCGUACUAGGCCACAAGGAUCAGCACGAAGCUGCUAUUCACCUGCCUCAACUGCUCUAUUUUGUCGCAUUCUCGAGUGUCCUAUUGUUGCCAACUCUGCUUGACAACGGGCCGGUCGCGCUACUCUCAGGGGCGACACGAACGGGCUUGGGCACACCAAAGAGACUUCUUGGAUCCAUUGUGGCAGUCUCGUCCAUGCUUUUCGCCGUCCAUCGGUUCACCAUCUACCACCCAUUUCUCCUUGCGGACAAUCGCCAUUACGUCUUUUACGUUCUCAGAAGAGUGUUUCUGCCUUAUCCAGCCGCCAAGUAUGCUGUGGUACCCCUGUAUCUCGCUGCAAGUUGGGCUUGGUUUUGGCGCCUGGGUAGGUGUCACAUGCACGGCGCCAAACUUGCUUAUCCAACCUGUCUAGGUCGUCAUGCGACGAUUUUAUGGACUUUGGCCCUUGUCGGCUGUACAACCUUGACCUUGGUCCCCUCGCCGCUUAUAGAGCCUCGGUAUUUCCUUAUCCCAAGUCUCUUGCUUCGAAUCCAAUUGCCGACCCGGGCCUGGCGAUCCGAGUUGGCAUGGUACACGCUCAUCAACACGGUGACGAUCAGCGUCUUCUUGUUGAAGAAGUUUCGAUGGGAAGGAUGGGAGGGCUGGAUGCGAUUCAUGUGGUAG